AUGCGAAGCAAGUUCAAGGACGAGCACCCCUUCGAGAAGCGCAAGGCUGAGGCUGAGCGUAUUCGCCAGAAGUAUUCUGACCGUAUUCCGGUCAUAUGCGAGAAGGUCGAGAAGAGUGAUAUCGCCACUAUCGACAAGAAGAAGUACCUGGUGCCCGCCGACCUGACCGUCGGUCAGUUUGUCUACGUCAUCAGGAAGCGGAUCAAGCUGUCACCCGAGAAGGCCAUCUUCAUCUUCGUCGAUGAAGUCCUGCCGCCCACUGCCGCUCUCAUGAGCAGCAUUUACGAGGAGCACAAGGACGAGGAUGGCUUCCUUUACAUCACAUACUCCGGCGAGAACACGUUCGGCGAGUUCGACUCUGCUUAA